UAUGGGACAGUCCGGGAGCCGCGGCGGCCGCGCAGUCUGCUUCUCCGCCUCCUCCUCCGGGAGCGCGAACGCCUGAGGCCAGUUCGGGGGAUGUGAGAGCCGAAGCUCCUCGGCUGCCAGGCACCGAGUCGGGUCCGGAUCUGCCAGCCGGAGGCCGGCUCCAGCCCUGCAAGUUCGGGACGCGCCAGAGCGACCCAGGCCCGACGGCGGCCGCCGCACGACCAGACUCGGCUUCUCUGCGCGCCCAGAAGAUGAAUCCGGCCUCGGCGCCCCCUCCGCUCCCGCCACCCGGGCAGCAAGUGAUCCACGUCACGCAGGACCUAGACACGGACCUCGAAGCUCUCUUCAACUCGGUCAUGAACCCCAAGCCCAGCUCGUGGCGGAAGAAGAUCCUGCCCGAGUCGUUCUUCAAGGAGCCUGAUUCCGGCUCGCACUCGCGCCAGUCGAGCACCGACUCGUCCGGCGGCCACCCGGGGCCCCGGCUGGCGGGCGGCGCCCAGCACGUCCGCUCGCACUCGUCGCCUGCGUCCCUGCAGCUGGGCACCGGCGCGGGCGCUGCGGGCAGUACCGCGCAGCAGCACGCGCACCUCCGCCAGCAGUCCUACGAUGUGACCGACGAGCUGCCGUUGCCCCCGGGCUGGGAGAUGACCUUCACGGCCACUGGCCAGAGGUACUUCCUCAAUCACAUAGAAAAAAUCACCACAUGGCAAGACCCUAGGAAGGCGAUGAAUCAGCCCCUGAAUCACAUGAGCCUCCACCCUGCUGCCACUUCCACACCAGCACCCCAGAGGUCCAUGGCCGUGUCUCAACCAAAUCUUGUAAUGAAUCACCAACAUCAACAGCAGAUGGCACCCAGCACCCUGAGCCCGCAGAGCCACCCAGCUCAGAACCCGCCAGCAGGGCUCAUGAGUGUGCCUAAUGCGCUGACCACUCAGCAGCAGCAGCAGCAGAAACUUCGGCUUCAGAGGAUCCAGAUGGAGAGAGAGAGGAUAAUGCGCCAAGAGGAGCUCAUGAGGCAGGAAGCUGCUCUCUGUAGACAGCUCCCCAUGGAAGCUGAGACUCUGGCCACGGUUCAGGCUGCUGUCAAUCCACCUACCAUGACCCCUGACAUGAGAUCCAUCACUAAUAAUACCUCAGAUCCUUUCCUGAAUGGAGGGCCGUAUCACUCACGGGAACAGAGCACUGACAGCGGCCUGGGGUUAGGGUGCUACAGUGUUCCGACGACUCCAGAGGACUUCCUCAGCAACGUGGAUGAGAUGGACACAGGAGAAAACGCCGGACAGACACCCAUGAACAUCAAUCCUCAGCAGACCCGUUUCCCUGAUUUUCUUGACUGUCUUCCAGGAACAAAUGUUGACCUAGGAACUUUGGAAUCUGAAGAUCUGAUCCCCCUCUUCAAUGAUGUAGAGUCUGCUCUGAACAAAAGCGAGCCCUUCCUAACCUGGCUGUAAUCAGUACCAUUGUAACUUGGGUGCAGCCAUGACCUGACAUUUCCUGGGCCUCUUGGAAAAAGGGAUGGAGCAGAGCAAGUCUGCAGGUGUACCACUUUCAGCCUCCAUGACUCAUCCUCCCUCCUUUCCAUGUGGCCAGUUUAAUCAUUGCCUGGAUUUGAUUGACAGUACUUUAAGUUAAACAUAAAUAAAUAUCCUAUUUUCAUUUUAUGCAAGCCUGCAUUCCUGUGGUGGGUUAUGCAGAAUUGCUUCUCCAUUUUUCUCUCUGCGCCCCACAACUAAGCUUUAUGGGUGUUAGUUGAAAUUUAUACAUCAAUUGAUUAUAAACCAUUAAAAAGCUGACCACAGGCAGUGACUUCUGACGGGCGGCUCGGUCCAGGAAAUGUACACUAAAUUAGACCUGAUUUACAGUUUCGAAAACUGUAUUGAUGACAGUAGUACCAAAUGCUUUAAAUAUUUAACCCGAGCUUUAAAAAUCAUUGUAUGGAUAGUAAAAUUCUGCUGUAUGGAAUACAAUGUAGUUCUGAAUCCAUGCUGAUUCUGAUAAUUCUUAUUACUCUGUAUUUCCAAAGGCUCACACGGUCCUACUAGAGUUUAUCCUCCAUCAUUUUAUGGCAUAGCAUUUAGACAGCUAGGCCUUCUGGUGGGAGAGUAGCAGAACAUUAGCCACAGUCCCUACAUUCAGAUCUGAAAGAGACCAGUUUGGUACUAAUUCUGAGCAUUUAUUAAACAGAACUUUUUAAAAUUGCAAGUUGGAUUUUUUUAAAAAUUGCAGCUUAGAAUGUGAUGUUAUUUUAUAAAGCACUAUGAUUUUGUGGCUGAUGACAAAGGGCAGCCAAAUGUUUCUGAUAAAUCAAUGGCAACUGUAUUUUUGUCUUUUGAAACUGUUCUGAAAACGUCAGGACAAUAUAGCUUUCAACUUGAUGGCACACACAGUAAGCUGUUGCUUUUUAAAUUCUGAAGCCUUGUCAGUUUUGCUUUCGAGAUUUCGAGUGUUUAAAAUAGUCUUAUCAAUGAAGCUGUUUGAAGGAUGAAGCAGAUCUCUGACUGAUGUGUAAAAAAAAAAUGCCCUCUGAGGGUGUAUGGUGGAGACAUGUUUCGGAACAAUUCAGUAAAAUUGAUUCCUAAGUAUGUUAUUCUAACCCUGUUUGCUACAGUUGGUAUAAAAAGGCAUGAAAUGUACUCAAUACCUCUUAUGUAACCAAAAAUGUUUUUUUUUUUAUUAGCUUUUAAAGGACUGAGAGAGAGCACCGGUUCACCUGGCAUGCACUCUGCCUGCGUUGCCAAUGAAGUCCUCAACUGUUUAAUGUUUUCAACUGAUGUUAUUUAUAAUCUAUGAACUUAAUCUCUUUUUACAAAGACAUUAUUAAUUCAGGUCUCUGGGAGGACGCUUUCAAUUCCCAAGGGGGCUUAUUUGUUCGGGGUCUUAAGUAAGAUCCCUUUCAAUCGACCAGAAGAGAGACGGGCAGAAUCUAUUUUAUCUUGUUGGAAAGAAGGCAAGUGAAAAGGUCAGAGAUGAAGUAGUGAGGUUAUGGAAUAUAGCAGAAAGGGGACUAGUUGUUAAAUGGAAAUAGACAAGUUACAGUACCCCAUAAGCAAGACAAGCCGGAGGUAGGAGAGGUGCCCCAAAAGAACAAAACAAUGAUUUCCCACUACAACUUUAUACCAAAAGACUGUUGUAGAUGAAAAGAAGGCUUUGGUGCACUUUAUGUGGGAGGGGGAGAGGCAGGGGUGGCCUAACCCUUGCCUCACGGAUGCUGAGCAUGGGGCAGACAAGAACGAAACCUGCUGUUGCUUCUGACACAAUGAAGUGAUUUCUUUUUCCUGAAGGACCCGUGGUUUAUGUUCCUCCGACUCCUCUCUCUCUAAGUGCUCUGAGGGAGAUGGGGUUGAUGCUUAUGUUGCUACUAAAUUGAAGGGAGCACUAUUUCUUUUUCUCUUUUGUUAGCAAUAAUUGCAAAAAGAGUUGUACAUUCUUUCUAAGAAAAACAAAAAACAAGGGACCUAACAAAACUGAGCAGUGUUACUGUAUUUUAAAAAAAUAUUUUUAUAGACUCAUUUUCAGGUUAUUAAGCGGAAAAGAAACAGAUGCCCCUCUUUUUUUAAAGUAGUUAAAACAUCGAUGAUUUAUAUUAUCAAUUUUUAGAGGUAAUUUCCUAGUAAGCUUGUGGCAUUAGAAAAUACUAGAAGAAUUAUUUUUAGUGAAAUUAGUCAAAACAUUUAUUAAUGAACAUAACAAAUAUUUUUACAGAAUUAAAUAUGGACCCUGACUAUGUGUUUACUAAUACAUAAAUCCAGAUAUAAUUUUUUGUGUUUGUUUUUAAGGCCAUAAAGUAUGGCCUUUGUUAAAGAACAGUAAAGCUAGAAAUCUAAGUAAGAACAACUUUUUAAAGGCUAUUUCCUAUUAUUGUAAGUGUUAAAACCCCUGCAGAAUUAUGAUAAGGUGCUACUUAUACUGUUUUUCUUAUUAUAAAACAACUGCCAGGAUAUCUAGUCUUUUUUAGUCCUACAUCAAUCAAUCAAUUCAACAUUUCAUCCAAUAGUUUUGCCAUAGAAAAAGCAUAUUAAAAAUUGAAAUUUAAAAAUAAUUUCAGAGCUCUUUCUUUCAGGGUAUUUUUUUUUUCCCUGAUACAACACGUUUUCUUGAAGUAAAUACAUUGUCAAAAUCUGUUUGCAACUCUGUUCAAUCUCAGUCAUUUUUAGUGUUUCACCAUAGUAAUAGGAUAUGAAAUGCCAUCUCUUUCGCUGAUUAUACACAAUACGAAGCACGUAAAACAGUGUGCUGUACCCAGUGUGGUAGAAAAGCUCGCUGACGAAGGUGAUCUGGAGUGAGAGAACUGUUGCUAAUUACCAGCUCUGUUCUCAUGACAUAAUUAGAAAGUAACUUGAAAGUACAACUUUUAUGGGGAAAAAAAAAGUUGUUAAAAAAAGAAAAUUGUAGAUUCAUUUAAUUGGGAAAAUAGGUGAUUGACAGAGACCGUUUCCCUAACACACUACAUCAUUUAUGUGCUAGUACUUUAACUUUUAAAAAAUUUACUUCUACAUUUUGUAAUAUUACAUAUGUGUGUUUAUUUUUAAUUUAGAAUGCUGUGCAUACAGAAAGUAUGCAGCCCAAUCAAUCAGAUCAACCUCCAUUUUACCUGGAGUUUGGAACUGGUUUUUACUUCUCUGAUUCUGUAUAAGAAAAAUAAAUACAAUUGAAUUUCCACCUGGA